AGACUUGAGGGAUACGUAGACUCUCGGCCAACGUACGGCUACAGGGCUACUUACAAAUAUCUAUAUAUGUACUGGUGAUCUGCAAGCUCGAACAAAACCCAAGAGUCUUACAAGGUUCAACGAACUGUUACGUGAAUAUAAUAAAGGUUCUUUUUCGGUUUUAUUGUCUGCUUUUAACACAACGUACGUUCGAUCGAGGAGAGGCUUUUUUUCUGGGUCCGUCGAGAAGCAGAUUAAUUCAGUCUACUACUGGUACGUAAAACUAAGAAUGAGCUACUACCCGCGUGGGCGCCUUCAAGAGAACGGGGCUAGGGACGAGGACGUGGAGAAGCAAGUUGCCAACAAUAAUGGACUUAAUUCAGAAGAAAAGAAAACAACAAAAAUGAAAAUUCUCCACCCACAUGGGCAACCCCUUCGAGUCUGGAGUUGGAUUUUUGUAGUGUCCUGUGUUAUUGCAGUAUCAGUGGUGGACCCGUUGUUCUUUUACGUUCCUGUGAUAGACAGAGAUGAAAAGUGUCUUGCGUUGGAUACAAGAUUAAAAAGCAUAGCUAUUUGUUUGCGAGCUUUCACCGACGUGAUUUAUUUUGUGAAUAUCAUUUUGCAAUUUGUCUGCCCAUAUAUUGAAGAGGGAGCUCGUAAAGUUGGACGAAUUAAGUUUGUAACGAGUCCUUCGCCAAUAGCGAAGAGGUACAUGUUGUCGUGGCGCUUCCUAAUUGACAUUCUCGCUAUUCUUCCACUUCCACAGAGAUGAGAGGCGCAAGAUAUUUGGAUAUGAGGAAGGUUCUGACUGGUAUUGUUCUUGUCCAAUAUGUGCCAAGAGUUAUGCGGAUCUACAUAUCAUGGAGGAAACUUGUCAGAACUGCUAACAUAGUUGCUCGAAUUAUAUGGCUUAAAGCUGCAUUCAAUUUCUUUCUGUACAUCCUUGCCAGUCAUGUACUGGGUGCCCUUUGGUACUUAUUUUCUAUCGAACGAGAGACGGCAUGCUGGCACGGAGCUUGUGAAAAGCUAAAGCGAUCAUGUACCCGAGUACUUUCAGUUGUCAUAAGAGAUCCCCCAGUUUGGGAAAUUACACAUUUUUAAAUGAUUAUUGUCCUCUUGAUAAAGCAAGAAAGUCGAAAUUUGAUCUUGGAAUAUUUCUUGAUGCCAUUGAAUAUGGUACCGUCGAGUCGAAAGAUUUUCCCAAAAAGAUGUUGCACUGUUUCUGGUGGGGACUGAAAAAUUUGAGUUCUUUCGGUCAAAACCUUCAAACCACCAACUAUUUCUGGGAAAACUGCUUUGCGGUUUUUAUUUCCAUCUCUGGCUUGCUCCUCUUUUUGUAUUUCAUUGGUAAUGUGCAGACAUAUAUUCAGUUGACAACCGCAAGGACAGAGGAAGUUAUACAGAAGAUGAAAAUCAAAGAAAGAGAUAUAGAGUUGUGGAUAUCAAGGAACAACUUCGGUGAUGAUAUUAAACCACAUAUCAUGCCCAACAUACAACGGGUAUUGGAACAAAAUAUAGAUGUCGAUCCCCAGAAUCCGCUACCUCAUCUUCCCAUUGAAAUAAGAAAGGAUAUUAAGCGCCAUCUUUGCUUGCCCAUGCUAAAGAAAGUGCCAAUGUUGCAGACAAGUGAAAAACACAUGUUACAAUCCAUCUGCGACAGUCUCAAGCCAGUGUACUACAACGAGCGCACCUAUAUUGUUCGUGAAGGUGAACCCCUUGAUACGAUGCUCUUCGUCACGCAAGGCAUUAUUUGGAACUUCACAACCAGUCGUAGGGUUGAUGGAACUUUCUUAAGCGGAGAGUGUAUUGAAAGAGGUAAUUUCUAUGGAGAAGAACUUCUAGCUUGGGGGUUCAGAGGCUCCCCCGAACCCAACCUUUCGGACCUUCCAGUCUCCACCAAAACUGUCAAAACCCAUACAAAAGUAGAAGGUUUUGUUCUAACGGCCAACGACUUGAACACUCUGAUUUCCAGGAGGCCGAUUGAAGCAGCUUUUGCUUUACAAGCUGCUUGGCGGCGCUUUAAUGGAAAGAAGAAAGGUGAAUCAAUGUCCACCAAUUUUGCAAGGAGGCGGCCAAAACGCUGUCAUUCUCAUUCUUCAAGACGCUUCAAGACGAUUUAA